AUGCAAGCUUUUUUAAUCCUCACUUACAGCUCUCACAUCCAGCUCUCACAACCAGCUACAUUGACGUCAUUUCAUGAUCUGACCGCUAGAAAUGAGCUGGAGGGAGGAGAUGAAUAUAUUGAUAUUACGAUUACCUCACCACAUAAGGUUGGAGACGGGAUGAAUUCCUUUAUGGCUUUCAAGGUUAACACGAAGACCAACCUCUCAUUCUUCAAGAAGAAGGAGUCCGUCGUUACAAGAAGAUUUUCAGAUUUCCUCGGUUUACGUGAUAAGCUAACUGAGAAGUAUCUGCAGAAUGGUCGUAUUAUCCCUCCUGCCCCAGACAAAUCUGUCCUGGGUAUGACCAAGGUCAAAAUGUCGAAGGAAGAUGAUGUCUCGGAUCAGUCAGACUUUGUUGAGAAGCGACGCGCUGCGCUUGAGAGAUAUCUGAACAGAACAGCAGCACAUCAGAACCUUAGAGUUGAUCCCGACUUCAGGGAGUUUCUAGAGCUAGACGCUGAGCUUCCUAAAGCUAACUCUACUGCUGCUCUCUCAAAUAAGAAUAUUAUGAAAAUAAUAUCUAAGGUUGGAGAUAAAAUGACCGCUUACACAACUAAAAUGGAUGAAACGGAUCAGUGGUUCGAGGAAAAAACUGUCAUGGUUGAGAAUCUAGAUCUGCAACUAAGGAAGCUACUGACUGCUACAGAAGCUCUUGUCUACUACAGAAAAUCUUUAACUGGGCACACAUAUACAGUAGCUAAAGGAUUAGCUGCUCUGGGGAACACUGAGGAGAAUACUAAGCUGUCAGCUGUUCUAGAUCAACUCUCUGAGGUUUAUCUGAAGGUUGAGAAGGUUCACGAGGAGCAAGCGAAGGACGACUUCUUCUUGUUGUCGGAGUUGGUUCAUGAUUACAUCGGUAUAGUAGGAUCUGUCAAAGAUGUUCUAAAUGAGAGAUUGAAGGCGUGGCAAGCAUGGCAGGGAGUACAAAAAGAUCUGAAUAAGAGGAGAGAAGGGAAGGCGAGAGCAGAGCUUGGAGGAAAGCUGGAGAAGGUUCAGGAAAUAAAUAAUGGAAUAAAAGAAACGGAAAGACAGUUGGACAUGGCGCAGGAGAACUUCGAGAAGAUCUCGCGAACUAUCAAAAAGGAGUUCGAGGUGUUCGAGGCCAGGAAGAACCAGGACUUUAGGCAGACGAUUGUCAAAUAUUUGGAGAAGAUGCUCAAAGCACAAGAAAACCUGGUUUCGCAUUGGGAGCGGUUUCUGCCUGAAAUCAAACAACUGGAACUAUAAACCAGAAUUAAUCAUUUGCUCCAGCAUAUGAGGACACAAAACCUCAUUCACAUUCCGUACCCGUGUACAGUUGUACAUAAAGAAGUAAACGCACACAUUUGCUGUACUAGUUCACGCUAACCUUAGUGUGUACCUUCUUCUACUAAAGGAUCGUCGUUUUUUAAUCACUGGUCGCUGAUGCUGAGAAAAAGGUGACAAAGUUUUAUAGAUUUUUGGAACAUCAAUUGUUCCGAAUACAAUAAGUAUUUUUUUAUCUUUUAAACCGGGAUUUAUGAAAGUUCGAAAAUCCUUUAUUUUGGAUAUCGUAGUUCGUGAUCAAUGAACAUCAUUGUAGAAAAUUUGUUAUUUGAUAUGUUGGUGAUAAGAAAGAUAUCACCCCUAAAAUCUUAUCUUAGAGAAGGGAAUUUUGUGAAAUAGAUAAAAUGCACAAAAACUCAAGUCAGUUUUAGAAAAUAUCCCGUUUUCAAUUAAUACGGCGUAAGUUUUGGAUGGGGGGGGGGUUGUGUAAAAAAGACUUUAGUGUGAAAAAACUGUGAUGCACAAUGAUUAAGUUUUAAACCUGUUGCCCCGGCACUAAAUCUAUGUACUUUGAUAUACUGUGAUACGUUAAGAUAUUUCUUAAUCAUGAUAUUUGCGUUUCUUCUAUUUAAUUGUUGUAAUCCUAUCAUUAUAGGGGUGCAACUGUAUUAUUGGCCAUUAGAGUUUUGUUUUAUUGAUAUAUACAAAACAUGUUCUAUCUUCCAAA